CUCAUUUGAAAAAAAAGGUGCAAGAAUCAGCCGGGUCAAACUUGGUCCAGCAGAAGACGACACAUACAGAGUUAGUAAUUCUGCUCAAGCAGAAUGCGCCGGGGGAACUUUGUACGUCAAUACUAUGGUAAAUGCUUCUAAUCCCAUGGCGCUUGGUUGACAUUCUUGGAUUAUAUCAAAACGCAUUAGUGGCUAUUGUUUGAAUCUGAUCUGAUGCAGCUUAUGCAGAAAUGAGGCGGUGACUGCUGUGGGCAACUGAUGCAAACGAUGGCGCAGGCACGGAGGGAUAACGGAACAUUUUCUACGACGAACUGUUUUUGUGAGAAUGGCUAUCCUGUUAUUCCUGAUGUAGUCAAACGAUAAAUUGAUAAAAAUACCAAUAUCAGGAGUAACGAACUAAAAGGAUAUUGUCUCAUGCUUUAAAAUCAAACUCGAUAUAAUGGGUUUGUGCUGAUGAAAUAUUACACAGACGCAUAUGCUGGCAUCGUUCCUUUCGACCCGCGUAUCGCACGGUGACGCCCUUUUGACCGGAAUAGGGUUUAACGUCUGCUGUCGUUGGAUUAAGAUUCUCGACUUAAUUUAAAAGGAAUACGGGUGGUGUAGGUCAAAAUACCGGAGUGCCAAAGUCAUGUUUUCUUCCAUUCCAUAGAUGACCAGCACUAGCGAAUAUGGAAAGAUAUGAUGGAUGUGAAUACGUUGACAUUCUCGUUCUGAAGACAAUACAAAGUAAGCCCAAACCAUAUGAACCCACAGCUUCCGGUUCUGAACUUCCAGUGGAAUAAGUUUGAUUCAUGCAAGAUUGAUGUGAUUGAAGCAGUUGAUCACCAGUUCAGUAAGAGCUAAUAACGCAGGAUAUUUAACUAAAGUGAUGGCGUGCAUGACUAAUCGUGAAAACUUCAGCAACAACACAGAAAGCAAUGCUAGCGGAAACGACGUCACAGAUCACGUGAUAGCUACUGCAGAAAAUGUAGUCAUCACGUGUUUGGCGCUUGUGAUAAUCAUUGGGACUGUUUCAGGGAAUAUUAUGGUUGUGAUAGCUGUCCUGACAGAGCGAAGGCUCAGGAAGGUUGGCAACUCGUUUAUUGUCAGUUUGGCUGUGAGUGAUCUGUUGGUAGGUUUGGUUGUGACGCCAUUCGCGAUUGCCUACCAGCUGAUGGGGACGUGGCAGCUCGGUUCGUCCCUCUGCGACAUGUGGGUGUCUUUAGAUGUGAUAUCUUGUACUGCGAGUAUUAUGAACUUGUGUGUGAUCAGUUUCGACCGAUAUAACGCCAUUACGCAGCCAUUGCAAUACGCCAGGAAGAGGACAGCGCGCCGUGCCGCCAUUAUGAUCCUGGUAGCCUGGUUGUACUCAGUGAUCAUUGCUCUACCUCCGUUGUUAGGUUGGCGAGAGCAACGCAAUCCUGAUUACUACGAAUGCAUGAUAAGUCAGGACAAAGGGUAUACCAUAUAUUCGACUGUGGGUGCUUUCUACCUCCCACUUUUCGUUAUGAUCUAUUUGUACGGGAGGGUGUUCAGAGCGACUCUGAAGCGGAAGCGCGAAUGGGUCCCGGGGCCGGGCUCGAGUCAGGUUAGCGUCAGGAUACACAAAGUCAAAGUAGAAGAGACUUCGGUUAUGCUGUCUAACGCCGACACGUUGCAUGAGCCCCGGAGGCGCCAUAGCCACCGCUCGAGUCUGUCGUUAAGUAGAACGUUAAGUCAGUCUCCCAAGGACAAAUCAGUGGAACGGCAGCUUCGUAAAUACAGCAACUGUACGCAUCUGGGGUACCGUUUGAUGCAAAAUGGCGACACUGUACGUGAGGCGCCGGAAACAGCAGAAGAACCACGGACAGCGAUUGCGUAUUCGGCGCCAAUUGAUGAUGGUAAUCAUGGUAGUGACGAUUCAAAAGAAGCAGACAUUCCACUUCAUACAUUUAAAGUUGGCAAUACGAGUUCUGAUGAGGAUGCAAAAUGUCCCGAGCAACCUCGCAUCAUUAUAAACGGUGAAGCAAACAAAAACAAUAACUUGACUGAUUUAAAUGAAGAUUCGCCUGAAGUUGUGAAGCUGCGCAAGGCAGCCAUCGCCAUUCGCUCAUAUUCUAAUAGUUUUCCUCGGAGACAGUCAUCGUUGCUCGGCUCAUUCCGAUGGCGGCGUAAUAAGGACGAUGAUGGCGAUGGGAGUUUGAGUAACGAAUCUUGUGAUAACGAGCCAACAUUCCUUAAACUUAAAGUCAGACGCUUGGUUCCAAAGCGAAAGAAACGGAUAUCGGUGCCUCAGGAGAAACGCGCCGCGAAGACAUUAGGGAUCAUAAUGGGGUGUUUCAUUGUGUGUUGGUUGCCCUUCUUUGUGAUAGCUGUACUACUUCCAUUUUGUCCCUCUUGUAACGUGCCGCAGCCACUUCAUAACUCCUUCACCUGGUUAGGAUAUUGUAACUCUGCCCUCAAUCCGAUCAUAUACACAUUUUUUAAUCAGGACUUCCGCAAUGCAUUCCGGAAAUUAAUAUUCUGGCGUCGCUGUGCAUGCUGGGAAGACUGUCCGAAGAUUGGCUGUUGCCGAAACUGUUAUAGUUACCCUAGCUGCACAACAGUAAGGUCUUUAUAGUCUGUAAUCAACAGCUAACCCUUUGAGAGCCAGGACACCAUUUUCUAUCAUCGACAUUGUAACUCAAAUCGUCCGCAGGCGCGGCUGUCUCCACGAUUCAAGCAUAAUCGCAUUCAGGUCAGAAACCUACCCAUUGGCGGAGAGUUUGGUUGCAGAAGCCCGUCGGUGUCUCCAACUAUAAAAUGCGCCUCAAAACCAACUUUUUUACAGACUCUUCGGUUAAUUCUAUCCUGUCCGCCGCUAUCCAAUGGAUUGUUUUAUUUAGGCCUAUUAUUGUGUUCCCUGUAGUGUUGUAAUGUAAAAAUCUUACGUAUUGUAUGAAACUAUUGUACAGUGCUUAGAAUGUUCUAUUAUUUUGCAACUUUUAACUAAUUAUUGAUAAUUUAUUUUAUCUACAAAGUAUUUGAUGGGUUUGAUACUGAUUGCAGUCGCAGCGAUUACCAAUUCAUGUCGCAGGCACUUGCGAUGACCACCGCGAACGUUUUUUGUAGCAUGUGAUCAUGAUCCCGAUCGCAGCGACAGAAAUCGCUCGUUUGCGGGGCGCUCUACUGCACUCAGCCGGGCGAUUAAAUCGUGAGCGAUUGAAUUGUUCCAGUGGAAAACUCGCUCCAAAUAAUAUGAUCUCCUGUGUGAGUUGGGUGUCAGGGAAAGAUAUCGGCGCUAUUUCUUGCUCACAAGACACAUUUAUUUUUGUAUAAAUCGGCAAGUAUAGGUUGUUGUCAUGGCUAACCUUUGCUUGAUCUGUGAGUGAGGGUGUUUUACCAUGAUGACAUAAUGGUAUCAAAGACUUUUUGGAAACAUUAGAGCAAUACACUAUACGAUCAUGUGUAACGUUUUUGGUUGCUCCACAUACAUUUCAGUGUUUCGAUAACAAUAGACAGCUGGACAGAGCAUGACUUUUCUGGGGAAACGCAGAAAAACGUGUCAACUUGUCUUUCAGAUUUCCUGGUGACAAUGAAGGAAAAACAAUCAGAAACGGACACUAAAAUGUAUUACUCCGACCUAGAACGGAAAACACCAUAAUCACUCAGUUCAGCUGGUAGUGACACAGACGCCGCAUCUCGGCAGGUUCCUUAUUUCAACUCGCGUAUCGUAGAUUGUAUUUCUGUAUUGCGGAACAACGUGAAGAGCAAAGGCGUGAAAUCCACUUGUACUGCUCAAACGAACAAUCACUGUCAAAUGUUUUAAAUGUAUAUAUUGUACCAUUGUAUCAAAAUAAUAAAACGCGUGCCCAAAGGCAGUUGUAUCACAGAAGUGACUUUUUAUGUACGAUAUGAAAUGAAUAGAAUAUCCAUAGGUUGUA